CAACUUCCACUUUAUCAUCAGUUGUUCUCUAAAUAAAAACCAGUAACAUUUUCGAUAUAGUAUCAUGGGUUUGAAGCAAACUUCUAGGCUUUAUGUUUAUCUGGGUUUGUUAAUGGUGAUAGUGAUGGCGUUUACCAUUAGUUGUAGCAGCACCAGCGUCGGACAUACGCCACCAAGUAAGGAUGAUGGGGAAGACUAUAAGGAGUUGAAAGGCAAGACAAACCAAGUCAAAGAUAAGGCAGCAGAGAUGGGUAAAGAGACCAGGGAAACAUCAGAGUCAUGGGCAGGAUGGGCGAAGGAGAAGAUCUCAGAAGGACUUGGCCUAAAAGCAGAGGAAGCAAAGGAGACUGCCAAGAAAGCUUCUGAUUCAGCCACUGAAACUGCUAAGAAGACUAAGGACAAGGUUGAAGACAUGGCUUCUGGAGCCGCUAAAUACACAGCUGAGAAAGCCAGAGAUACCAAGAAUGUAGCAAGUGACAUGACGAACGCAGCCAAGGACAAAACUGCUGAUGGUAUGUAUGCAUCUUCGGAGAAGGCCAGUGACAUAGCCAACAAAGCUAAGGAGAAGGCUCGUGACAUGGAGGAUGCAGCAACUGAGAAAGCUAGUAACAUAGCAGGUGCAACUAAGGAAAAGCUCAGUUCCACGACAAAUUCAGCCACGGAGACCAAAGAAGCGGCAAAGGAGAAGGCUAGUAAUGCAAAGGAUGCAGCAAAGGAGAAGGCUCGUAAUGUCAAGGAUGCAGCGGCAGAGAAGGCGAAUGAAGCCAAGGAAAGAGCAUCAACAACGGCUGAGGAAGCAAAGCAGCAUGCAUCUAGAAAGGCAGAGGAAGCAAAAGAAGCGGCGGAAGAAAUGGGGAAGAAGGCUGCGGAGGAAAGCAAGAGAAAGCAAGAGGAGACAGAGGAGCAAUUAGGGUGGGCCAAGGAUAAAGCCAAGCAUGGUUAUGAAACAGCCAAGAAUAAAGCAGAGGAGAAGCUAGUUUCUGCUAGAGAUAACAUUGCUUCAAACUAUGAAGCUACAAAGCACAAAUCCAAAGAGUUGAAAGAUAAUGUAGUUAAUAGAGUUCGCGAUGAGGAGCUCUGAACUGUUGCUUCAUGCAUGAAUGAAGGAGAUUUUUUUUUACUUUUAAUGUUAAAGUUCUGAAAUUCGAUAGGUCUUCGUUUUUCUUGUUGUACAUCUGUAUCUUUCGUUUAUUCCAGUAAAGUUUAUCAAGAACAUGUUUCUGUUGGACAUAAA